UCAAUGGAUCAGCUUCCUCAAUGGGCGUCCCUCCUGGCCGUGCUGCUGGCCACGGCGCUCUUCUUCAAGACCAUCCACCGCCGCCGCCGCGGCAACCAACGCACGUACAACCUCCCGCCGGGCCCGAAGCCAUGGCCCAUCAUCGGCAACCUGAACCUCAUCGGCACGCUCCCGCACCACUCCAUCCACGCGCUCGCCAAGCAGUACGGCCCGCUGAUGCAGCUCCGGUUCGGGUCCUUCCCCGUCGUGGUGGGCUCCUCCGUCGACAUGGCCAAGUUCUUCCUCAAGACCCACGACGCGGUGUUCAUCGACCGGCCCAAGACGGCAGCCGGCAAGCACACCGGCUACAACUACAGCGACAUCACCUGGUCCCCCUACGGCGCCUACUGGCGCCAGGCACGGAAGAUGUGCCUCACCGAGCUCUUCAGCGCCAAGCGGCUCGAGUCGUACGAGUACAUACGCAGCGAGGAGAUGCGGGCGCUGCUGUGCGGCCUGCACGAGGCCUCCGGGCUCGGGCGCGUCGUGAAGCUCAAAGAUUACCUGUCCACCUUAAGCCUCAACGUGAUCACGCGCAUGGUGAUGGGCAAGAGGUACCAGCAGGACAACGAGGUGGCGGACCAAGGGGGAUCGGUGACGACGCUGGAGGAGCUCAAGUCAAUGCUGGACGAGCUAUUCUUGCUCGAAGGCGUCCUGGUUAUCGGCGACUCCAUCCCGUGGUUACGAUGGCUGGACCUGCAGGGGUACAUUAAGAGGAUGAAGAAGCUGAGCAAGGUAUUCGAUCGGUUCCUCGAACAUGUCGUGGACGAGCACAACGAGCGCCGCCUCCUAGAGGGGCAGAGCUUCAAGGCAACGGACAUGGUCGAUGUUCUGCUGGAGGUAGCCAGUGACCCCAAUCUUGAGGUCAAGCUCAACCGGUACGGUGUCAAGGCCAUCACUCAGGACCUGAUGGCCGGCCCAGAGACUUCGGCGACCACGGUCGAGUGGGCCGUAUCGGAGAUCCUGAAGAAGCCCGACGUGUUCGGCAAGGCCACCGAGGAGCUGGACCGCGUGGUGGGCCGAGGCCGCUGGGUCACAGAGAAGGACAUCCGGAGCCUACCAUACGUGGAGGCCAUCGUGAAGGAGACCUUGCGGAUGCACCCGGGUUCGCCCCUGCUGUCGCCCCGCCUGUCCCGCGAGGACGCGUCCGUCGCCGGCUACGACAUCCCCGCCGGCACGCGCGUGCUCGUCAACGCGUGGACCAUCGCCCGCGACCCGGCUCUGUGGGACGCGCCGGAGGAGUUCAUGCCGGAGCGGUUCCUCGGCAGCAAGAUCGAUGUCAAGGGGCAGGACUUCGAGCUACUGCCGUUCGGUUCCGGCCGGCGGAUGUGCCCCGGAUAUAGCCUGGGACUGAAGGUGAUCCAGGUGAGCCUCGCGAACCUCCUGCAUGGCUUCGCCUGGAGGCUCCCGGACGGCGUCACGAAGGAGGAAUUGAGCAUGGAGGAGAUCUUUGGGCUGUCCACGCCGCGCAAGUUCCCGCUAGAGGUCGUCGCCGAGCCCAAGCUCCCUGGUCAUCUCUACGAACGGCUGGAGUAAUCAGUGCUUUUCUGUCCGUUCA